AUGGCUCGCCACGGGGAUACUCGCUCACCAUCACCUGUAGGCAGCACAUUCUCUUCAUCCAGGCGCAAUCGCCGUGAUGACGAUCGUUAUGACAGAAGCCGGCGGGAUGAUGGGCGCGGUUAUCGCAGAUCCCGCAGCCCAGAGAGACGCUACCGUGAGCGCGAGCGCGCUCGUGAUCGAGAUGGAUACAGACGUCGUGACCGCUCGCUAGACCGCCGCGACGAAGACAACUACAGACCAGGUCGCAGAGACCGAUCCCGAGACCGUAGGCGCUCCAGAGACCGAAACGAAGACGUUGAUCGUCGACGAAGUCGCGACAGAGAUUACCGGACUAGGCGAGACGAAUCGCGCGAACGGGAUCGCAGGCGAAGAGAUGAUUCUGCUGAUUUGAAGCCGAAAUCUAGACGGGAUGCCAGUCGUGACCGCACCACGAACAGACGGUCAACGUCCAGAACUGGAGAGCCACCGAAACAAUCCACACCGACUACCACUGCACAGACGGACGAAGCCAAAAAAGCGGAGAGGCAAGCAAGGCUGGAGGCAUGGAAGCAGAAACAGGCCGCCGAGCGCGAGCGCAAACAACGAGAGCAGGAAGCGGCGGGUCCGAACAAUAUCCUGGACCAGAUUGAUCGACAAAAGGUUGCCUCUCCAGCCGUGGGCUCACCUCAGACUCCGACAACCGCUGCUGAGUCCCCGGCUCCCACUGCGUACCCUGGAAAAUUCGAUCCUAAAGCUAUCGCAAAACCAUCGACAGCAAACUCUGCCACCCCUGCAGUCCUCGGGACUGAUGUUGCAGUGCCAACGUCCAAACUGGCUGCAACAGCUAAUAAACCUGCUCCUGCGCCCGCCAAGCUUUCCGGUCCUUUGAAAGCCAAAGGUAAUGUUAGUGGAUUUGGCUUGGGUACCAAGCAAGCUUCGGACGCUGAGAAACCCUCUGCACCUAAAACUCUGGGCUUUGGCGAAGAAGAAUCCACUCGCAAGAAGCUGGAGCGAUUACCGACCCCGCCUUUCGAUGACUCCAAAGAUGCCGAGCCAGCAACAAAUGCAGACGAAGAUGACGAUGUUGAUAUGCAUGAUGAAGAAACGGAAGAAACUGCUGCAGCGGUAGCACGUGCGGCCGCCGAGCGACGAGAAGAGCGUCUUCAGAAUACUGAAAAUGGAGAUGUUCAAAUGGAAGAUUCAACGAAUGGACAGGUCGAUUCUACCGCCAUGGAGGUUGACGAAGCCGACGAAGUUGACCCUUUGGAUGCUUUCAUGUUUGAGCUCCAAGAUACCGCGCCAUCAAAGAAGACAUCAGGUGCCAAGUUCGGGAAGAAGAAGAAGGAUUCACAGCAACCGCAGGCCAUGUUUGGAGAUGAUGAGGAUGCGGGUGUCACCGCCGUUGGUGCUGAUGAUGCUGCUGAUGACCUUCUCGCUAUCGCCAAAAAGAGAAAGAAGCGCGAGCUCCCUACCAUCGACCAUGCCAAGCUCGAAUAUGAGCCGUUCCGCAAGAACUUCUACACCGAGCCUUCCGACCUUGCUGGUAUGAGCGAGGCGGAGGUUGCGAAUUUGCGCCUUGAAUUAGAUGGCAUCAAGAUCCGUGGUUCCAACGUGCCCACUCCUGUUCAAAAGUGGUCUCAAUGCGGACUGGGUGUGCAGACCUUGGACGUUGUCUCUAAGCUUGGCUAUGAAAGCCUAACCUCUAUUCAAGCUCAGGCUAUUCCUGCAAUCAUGUCAGGUCGCAAUACCAUUGGUGUGGCCAAGACUGGUUCAGGAAAGACAGCUGCUUUCUUGAUCCCAAUGUUCCGACACAUCAAAGACCAACGGCCACUAUCUUCAAUGGAAGGCCCCAUUGGACUGAUAAUGACCCCUACCCGUGAAUUGGCUGUUCAGAUUCACAAGGACUGCAAGCCUUACCUGAAGGCCCUGAACCUUCGGGCUGUUUGUGCGUAUGGUGGAGCUCCCAUCAAGGACCAAAUUUCAGACUUGAAGCGAGGAGCUGAAAUUGUUGUUUGCACUCCCGGUCGUGUCCUUGAUCUGCUAGCUGCAAACUCAGGCCGUGUCCUUAACCUGAGCAGGGUCACGUAUGUCGUCCUAGAUGAGGCAGACCGCAUGUUCGACAUGGGCUUUGAACCACAGGUCAUGAAGAUUGUGAACCGCAUCCGCCCUGAUCGCCAGACUGUGCUGUUCUCAGCUACCUUCCCCAGGAACAUGGAGUCAUUGGCUAGAAAGGCACUGGAAGAUCCCAUCGAGAUUACUGUCGGUGGUAGAAGUGUUGUUGCAUCGGAAAUUACACAAAUUGUGGAAGUUCGCAAUGAAGACAAAAAGUUCGUCCGCUUACUGGAGCUGCUGGGUAACCUAUACUCCGAUGAUGAAAAUGAGGAUGUCCGAUCUUUGAUCUUCGUGGAACGUCAGGAGUCUGCCGAUGCUUUGCUCCAAGAGCUGAUGCGCAAAGGCUAUCCGUGUAUGUCGAUCCACGGUGGAAAGGACCAGAUCGAUCGUGAUUCCACGAUUGAAGAUUUCAAGGCAGGCAUUUUCCCUGUCCUGAUUGCCACGUCUGUCGCUGCUCGUGGUUUGGAUGUCAAACAACUCAAACUGGUUGUCAACUAUGACGCUCCCAAUCACAUGGAGGACUAUGUUCAUCGUGUGGGUCGAACCGGUCGAGCUGGAAACACUGGAACUGCCGUGACCUUCAUCACGGAAGGACAGGACCGGUAUGCAGUAGACAUCGCAAAGGCUCUGAAACAAAGUGGACAAGAGGUGCCCGAACCAGUCAAAAAGCUUGUUGACGGUUUCCACGAGAAAGUCAGGGCCGGAAAGGAGCACAAAGCUGGAAAUAACGCUGGCUUCGGUGGUAAAGGUCUGGAUCGACUUGAUGAGGAACGUGAAACUGCCCGUAUGCGCGAGCGACGUACAUACAAGACUGGCGAUAACGAUGACGAGGAAGAAGAGAGUGAGGACGAUGAAGAGAAGAAGGAGGAUCGCUUCAACAAGGCUCUAUCCGCCGUUCAAUCCGCCAACCCACCCGCCGCGCCAUCGUCGGCUUCUCUGCCGGGUGUUCCCAAGGGCAUCGACUUGGAUGGCAAGAUCACUGUCCAUCGAACCGAAAAGGAUCCCGCCGGUGGUCCCAAGAAUGCGCUGGACAAGGUUGGCUCUGCGGUUGCAAGUAUCAACGCACGUCUCAGCCGCGCCGGUGUCAUGAGGUCCGGAGUCCCCAUCGACAACCGUGGACCCGAUGCCGGCGCAUUCCACGCAACCAUGGAGAUCAACGAUUUCCCUCAGAAAGCACGUUGGGCCGUUACCAACCGUACGAACGUCGCCAAGAUCCUGGAAUCGUCUGGUACCUCCAUCACAACAAAGGGCAACUUCUACGCAAAUGGCAAGGAACCCGCCGCCGGCGAGCUCCCUAAGCUGUACAUUCUAGUGGAGGGUGAGACUGAGAUCUCCGUCACUAAUGCUAUGCGUGAGUUGAUGCGCCUAUUGAAGGAGGGUACGAUUGCGGCGGCGGACAGCGAGGCGCGUGCCCCUGUUGGUGGUCGUUACAACGUGCUUUAA